CAGAUCAGAAGCGCAACAGGCCAAUCGACGCAGACGCGACCUACCAGCACUCCACCAGAAAGGCUAGGCCAUUUCCCCGAUCACCGCCCGACGAAUCUCGCGCCCCGCUGCUCCUCAGCUCCGGCCAGCCCCCCACCGGCGCCCGCGACAGAUCCGAGCCGGCUCGAACGGCGGCGAUGGGCGGCCGCAAGCGCGCGCUCCUGGUGGGCAUCAACUACCCGGGCACCAAGGCGGAGCUCAAGGGCUGCCACAACGACGUCGACCGCAUGCACCGCUGCCUCGUCGACCGCUUCGGCUUCGAUGAGGACGACAUCCGGGUGCUCUCCGACAAGGACCGCUCGGGGCCGCAGCCCACGGGGGCCAACAUCCGCCGCGCCCUCGCCCGCCUCGUCGGGGACGCGCGACCCGGGGACUUCCUCUUCUUCCACUACAGCGGCCACGGAACGCGGCUGCCCGCCGAGACCGGGCAGCACGACGACACCGGCUACGACGAGUGCAUCGUGCCCUCCGACAUGAACCUCAUCACAGAUCAGGAUUUUAGGGAGCUUGUGCAGAAGGUUCCUGAUGGCUGCCUAUUUACCAUCGUCUCUGACUCAUGCCACAGUGGUGGUCUAUUGGACAGUGCUAAGGAGCAGAUAGGUAAUAGUACCAGGCAGAAUAAGACCCAGUCCCGCGAACCUGAAGAGCGACCUGAUUCUGGUUCUGGUAGCAGCUUCCGGUCAUUUCUCAAGGAAACUGUUCGUGAUGCGUUUGAAUCUGAGGGAAUCCGCAUCCCUCAUAGCCGCCAUAGCCACAGCCACCAUGGAGGUGACGAUCAGGAUGAGGCUUAUGGACAGUCAAGUGGUGAUGGUCGUAUAAAAAACCGCUCCCUACCACUCUCGACACUGAUAGAAAUGCUGAAGGAACAAACUGGAAAGGAAGACAUCGAUGUAGGUUCAAUCAGGAUGACACUGUUCAACAUCUUUGGCGACGAUGCAAGCCCAAAGAUCAAGAAGUUCAUGAAAGUCAUGCUCGGAAAGUUCCAUCAGGGCCAGUCAGGUGAGCAUGGUGGUGGUGGUGUCAUGGGCAUGGUCGGUGCCCUUGCUCAGGAGUUCCUGAAGGCUAAGCUUGAAGGCAAUGAGGAGGAAGCUUUCAAGCCAGCGUUAGAGCAAGAGGUUCACAGUGUUGAUGAGGUGUAUGCUGGGACUAAGGCCUGGGCACCCAACAAUGGCAUUCUGAUCAGUGGGUGUCAAACCAACCAAACAUCUGCCGAUGCAACCACAGCGCAGGGUGUCUCAUUUGGUGCUCUCAGCAAUGCUAUACAGACCAUUCUUGCAGACAAGCACGGGGAGGUCACAAACAAGGAUCUAGUGAUGAAAGCACGUGAGGUGCUGUCUAAGCAAGGGUACACUCAGCAGCCUGGGCUUUACUGCAGUGAUGAGCAUGUUCAUGUGGCUUUCAUAUGCUGAGACAUGUUUUUUUUUCCCCCUCCUUUUUCGUUGAGCUGUGCACGAGAGGUUGAAGCUUUCCAUGUUUCCCUUGUUGUUAAUAUUGCUUGAGGAUAUGAUUGAAUGUUGGACUGUGUCUAUACUGAAAUAACUAUGAGAAAGGUUCUAUAUACGAAUAAUAUGUAUACUUGUACCGUGAAUGCAUCAAACUGUAAGCUUCAAUAAUAUGUAUCGGUUUAUCUA